AUGUCUAUUAGUUGUUUAAAUGGUACUCUACCUGAAUCAUUGGAUGUUGGUGGUAUCUUUCCUUGCGAUAUUAUUGUUGGAGGUUCUUUCAAUAUUUCUCUCUCAAAUAACGAAACUGCCACCAAUUUACUUCGUUUCGAAUAUGCAACCAUGUCAUGGAAAGCAAUUAAUGAUAUUAUCGGCACACCUAAAAGUGUUGCUAUUCUUGACAAUAGAUUGUUUAUUGGUGGUAAAUUUGACAAUGCAGAAUUCUACAUUUAUGAUACAUUUAUGAAUGUUGCCAUUCCACUAGUUAAUGUGAGUGGUGUUCAAGAUAUUAACGUUCAAAAAGAGGAUUUAGGAUUGGAUACUAUUCUAAUUGCAGGUGCAUCAUUUCCAAAUAAUCUAAGCAAGAUUGCCUAUUAUACCAUUUCCAAUUCUUCCUUUUCAUUUGCUGGUUUCGUACCUUCUGGCCAAGUGACACAAGUUAAAUAUGUUAAAAACUUAGUGGCAGGUACAAGUGGUACUAUAUUUGCCGUCAUUGAUAGUAGUCUAUAUAGAAGAGAUGGAAAUGGCCUAUUUUCAAAAAUGUUUGAUCUUUACUUUAGGAGAAUAGAAGUUUUGGGUAAGACCAGUGAUGAACCAGGAUCGGUUUUAGCGUUAACAGAUAGUAAAUAUUAUAGUAAUUUGUUACUAUAUUAUCCUAAAACCAAAGGUUGGAGAACAAUUUCGAAUUCAGGAAUACAGGUAAAUGAUGUUGCAUUUGAUUUCAAUACUUGCAUGGUUUCUGAUAGGUUUGGUCCAACAUGUAAUAAUUCGUUCAAUAGCUUUGGCUAUGGAGCUACUGGGUCCAUAAUCACACUUCCAGCAUUUAUCAAUAUUUCAACUCCAUUAAUUUCCAUUAAUGAUGGUGAAUAUGAAAGAUAUAGAUAUGAAUGGCAAUUUCAAGGUUCUACUCGAUUGACCAACACUUCUUCCUUAUAUUGGGAGAAUCCAUUUAAAUUUCCUAUAAUUAGUGAUCGAGACAAGUAUAUGUUCUUCAGUGUUUAUGAUAAUUAUACUGGCUUUUUAGUAUUGAAGAGAUUGUUCUUUGUUGGUAUCCCAAUUCCAAACCUUACUUGGAUGUCAGUUCAGUAUUUAGGGAACUUUAAUUUCAAGUUGUUAUCAAAUUGGAAAUUAUCAACAGAGGAUCCAGAUUUAAUUUGUUCAGUUGGCUAUGUAGAUCGCUCUUUUGAAACACUAUCAGAUUUAACCAAUAGUAAGAAUUUCACUCUAUUUAAUGUUUCUUGCACUGAAUUAUUUUCGAGUUCAAUAACUCUUAAAGUGCCUUACUAUGGAAAAUCCAACACCAAGUUGUUUAUUUCUGCCAAUAAUUUCAAAUACAACUAUCUUGAACCAAGACUCUCUGCUCAAAAAGAAAUUAUUACUAAUUUUCCAGAGUUCUUUGCAACAAUGAAUGAUACUAUUGUCGAUUUGAAAUAUUAUUCAACCAAUAAUGUAAUUUCCUAUUCACUACUUGUUUCAACAAAUAUUCCAACGUUGAAUUGUGAGAUUAAUGUAACAUUUGGUAAUGAUACCAUUUACUCAACAAGUAGAUAUACCAAUGAAACUAUAACAAUUCAAUUCGACUUGACUUUACCUUAUUACGUUGAAACACAACUAUUGAAUGUCAUGGUUAAUUUAUCAAAUAGUGAAUAUUUCAUUGAAAAACAAGUUAAUUUCAAUUAUUCACUUCCAGUAGAAUGUGGUGUGUGUGAACAUGAUGGUACUUGCGUUAGAAAAUUGAAAUCAAAAGUUCAACAAUGUAAUUGUGCUCCAUUAUAUACUGGUAUUAAUUGUGAAACAUGUUUUGGAGGAUCAGUAAUGAUCAAUGAUACAUGUACAUGUCCAUAUGGAAAGUAUCAAUCUGGAUCUAGUUGCCUAGUUGACUAUUCCAUUUUAACUUGUUAUGGUAAAAACUAUACUAACCCAUCAGUGUGUUCAAAAAGGGGGAAAUGUAUUGAGAUGAAUACAUGUAAAUGUGAUAUUGGAUAUACUGGAUCAGAAUGUGCAAUUCCAAUAUGCAAUGGUAAAAAUGCUUCAGAACCAACGGUUUGUGGAGGUAUUGGAAGAUGUGCAUAUCCAAAUAUUUGUUUCUGUGGAUUGAACUUCGCAGGAUCAGAGUGUCAAAUUCCUACUUGUAAUGGAUAUUACAUAGUUGCCCAAGCUUGUAAAAACGGUGGUUCAUGUAAUACCAAAACUCACUUGUGUGAAAAUUGUUUAGCUCCAUAUACAGGACAAGACUGUGGUGAGUGUAUUGAGGGAUAUAAUUUGAUCAGAGAAAUUUGCUACCCAGUCUGUUUUGGAUAUUCUUCAAUAGAUUAUAGAGUUUGCAGUGGACAUGGAAAUUGUUCUUUCAAUAAUGGUCCAGUUUGUAGUUGUAAAACAAAUUAUACAGGAAUCAAUUGUGAAUAUAAUAUUAAUGAUAACAAUACCAAUAGUAACAAUAAUACUUUGAGUAAUUGUAAGGAAAAUUUUGGUGGCUCCAAUUGUAGUUUUGAAUUAACAUACAGAGCCAUUUCAUCAAUUAAUCCAAAAUAUGAUUUUUCAAUUUCCACUUUAGUUAUUACCAAAGUUCCAUAUGCUUCAAUAGAAUAUUCAUGGAAGGAAGAUAGUGGUACUCUUACUCUUACUGAUUCAUUUUCUACUCAACCAACUUUGGUCAUUAAAUCCAAUAAUCCAGCUCUCACUGAAGGAUUGAAAUUGAAUUUUACAUUGACAGUUACAAUUACAGAGCCAGGAAUGAAACUUUAUUACAUAAGAAAAACAUUUGAAACUAGAGUGAAUAAUCUUCCAAUCAUUCAACAAUUCAAGGUUAUGGAUAAUUCUACUGGAUUGGAAACUACUAGUGGAGUUGGUUUCCAAACAGUUUUUAAAGUAACAUGCCUUGCAUAUGAUCCAGAUUCUGAUCCUAUUUCCUAUUCUAUUGGAUAUUUAUCUGGUGUUUCCAAUAAUAUUAUAAGCAAACGAGUUGGAGAUACAACAUUCUAUUUCAAAUUGCCAUUUACAAGUGUAGGAUAUGUUACAUUAUAUCUGAGUGUUCUUGAUUCAAAUUUAGGAGAGAGAAUACAAUAUGUCAAUGUUACAUUAUCAGAUCCAACUGCUACUUUAGAGGAUGGUGCUAAAAUUGACUUUGCUAAUCAAAUAUUGAAUUCACCAAAUGUCACAGUUGCAGAUGUUGCAAGUUCUGCUUAUUAUUUGACAACUGUUAACUCCUCAUCAACAAGUCAAACUGUUGAAUUACGUACCAAGUUGAUUGAUGUGGUUAGCUCAACUAUUUAUUCACAAGAUAAGGAUACAGCUUUAGAAAUCGUCAGUGUCGUUGUAAAUGAGCCAAAGUUUAUUUCCUAUUCAACACAAAUUAAAGUGUUAUCACUCAUGAAUGAUACAUCUAUAACUAGCUCCCAAGCUGAAAAAGUGUUGACAGUCACUGCAAAUCUGCUAUCAGUAUCUAGUGAUUCAGUUUCUAGCAAUCUUAUUAAGGACAUUAUUAAUGUUGCUGCACAAACAAAAGCUGCAUCUAUUCCAGUAGGCUCUUCAUCAACUGUAAUUUCUGAAAAUAUCAAAUCUACAGUUGUUAAAAAUACAAUCUCUUCACUUUCCUCUACUGUAUUCGAUUCCUCAAUAGGAAUUAAUAGUAUUAAGCUUCCAUCAGAUUCUCUCAGUCAAGUUUUAUCAAAUUCUGGAUUUGAUUCAUCCAAUUCAAUUGUAUUGAGUAUGAAUGUUGCCUCAAAGAAAUUAUACUCCUAUCAACAAUGGAACAAUACUGCACCAUUUUUUAUUUUCAAAAUCUUGUCAGGAAUUGAUACCAGCAAAACAUUGAGUGUUUCUGGAUUGACAAAUCCAAUUGAAUUUGACCUGAAUGUUGAGUCGGUUUCUUCUAAUUUAACAACUAAAUGUGUCUAUGUUAAUGAAAAAACUCAAAGUUUGAGUACAGAAGGAGUUGAAACAAUUAUUGUCAGCUCUACAAAAGUUAAAUGUAGAGUUUAUCACUUGACAGAUUUUACCACAAUUCCAGUGAGAAAGAUUGAAGCAUCCACUUCUCCUAUUAUUAAACCAUCUGCAACAUCCUCAACAACAGUAGUACUUGGACAUUCAAAUAGAUCCUAUUUGAGUGUAAUUGUUCAAAUAAUUGUAGUUGUUACAUUGGUGGUUGUACUAUAUGCUUAUUAA